CGUACCAGACUAGUUUAAGGAAAACCCAUUCUAGUAAAUGUCGGAUCCCAAACAAAUUGAGAAAAUGUCCCUGAAGGACAAUCCAGUGGACGAAGAAGAGGAGGAUAUAGUAAAUCCAUGGGAAGUCUCUACACACUCUGCCAAAGGCGUGGACUACGAUAAACUCAUCAGGAAGUUUGGGAGCACUAAGAUAGAUGAUGCUUUGAUAAAAAGAAUAGAGAAUCUGACUGGUAGACCUGUCCAUCAUCUUCUUAGAAGGGGGAUUUUCUUCUCUCAGAGGGAUUUGGAAAUGAUCUUGAAUGUUUACGAACAGAAAAAGCCUUUUUAUUUAUACACUGGUCGAGGGCCGUCGUCAGAGGCAAUGCACAUGGGACAUCUCAUUCCAUUUAUUUUCACUAAGUGGCUGCAAGAUACAUUCGACGUGCCGCUGGUCAUUCAAUUGACUGAUGAUGAGAAGUUUCUGUGGAAAGACCUAACUUUAGAGCAGACCAACCAUUUAGCGUUUGAAAAUGCUAAGGAUAUCAUCGCAUGUGGUUUUGACGUUGAAAAGACCUUCAUUUUUAGUGAUCUUGACUUCCUAACAAACAGCCCUGCGUUUUACAGAACAAUUUGCAGAAUCCAGAAACUUGUGACCUACAACCAAGUGAAAGGAAUCUUCGGAUUUACGGAUAGUGACAGUAUCGGGAAAAUAAGCUUCCCGGCUAUCCAGGCUGCUCCCAGCUUCAGCUGUAUGUUUCCGGAAAUAUUUAAUGGAAGAUCUGAUAUCCCUUGUCUCAUCCCAUGUGCAAUAGAUCAGGAUCCUUAUUUUCGAAUGACAAGAGACGUAGCUCCUAGGAUGGGUUGUCUGAAACCUGCCCUUAUUCACUCUACAUUUUUCCCUGCCUUGCAAGGAGCACAGACUAAAAUGAGUGCAAGCGACCCCAAUUCAUCUAUAUUUGUCACAGACACAGACCAGGAGAUUAAAGACAAGAUUAACAAAUAUGCAUUUUCUGGAGGCGGUGCCACUAUAGAGGAACAUACAGCCAAGGGAGGAAACUGUGAGGUGGACGUUUCAUACCAGUAUCUAACUUUCUUUAUGGAUGACGACCAGCGACUUGAAGAAAUUCGAAAGGCUUAUACAAGCGGUGAAUUAAUGACAGGGUCAUUGAAGAAGGAACUGAUAGAUAUUUUACAGAAACUGGUCGGUGAACAUCGUCAAAGGAGGUAUGCUGUCACUGAUGACAGUGUAAGGCAAUUCAUGAAACCAAGAAAACUUAAAUAUGACUAUCCUCCUCCAUAAAAGACUUCCUGAUGUUUUAGGUACCAGUGGAAUGUUAAAUAAAUUUGUUCAUUAAAAAACUGUAGAAAUGCAAAAUAGAAUAUGCUUGUUCUUUUUUAUUAAAU